GACUAUUCCACCUUACCAGACAAAGCUGGCCCUGGUGAAGCAGGAACUAGGUCUUCACCUAAAGGAACACCUCCAUCUCCCCAGACAUCCACUCCUUUGGUAAAGAAAACCCCAGAGAAGACUCUACAGCUUCCCAGUCCUCCUGAAUAUGUGAUCUAUACAGAUGGUGAGCUGGAACUAGCUCGGAAACACUAUUUUGAGAUGGCCUGCACUGGUAGAGAGGGAGAAGCUGCCAUGUCCAAAGAGCUGAGAUGCAGGCUGGUGAGAAACACUGUCACCAGCAUGAUUUCAAUCUUGAGAGCAAGUCGACAAGGAGAGGAGUUACGAUACCCGUCCAAGUACGAUGUUACUGCCAUGGCUAAGAAACUAGUGGAGUAUUAUCCCAUGCUACAGGAUAACGACUUACCUGCCAAAUAUACGAGCAUGUACAGUUAUCUUCAGAAGAGGAUCCUGAAUAUUAAGUCCCCUCGAAAGAGGCAGGGUCCCACACCAGAGAGGGGCCGUUCAAAAAAAAGGCGCCACAUUGAGUUCUCACCAGGUGACCAGGGAGAAGAUGAUGAUGCAGAUUAAAGUGGCGGAUCAACGAUUCUUUUGCCACCAGUGAGCAGUUCUGAUGGCGACAGUUCAGUCAACAUGGAUAGUCUAGCAACACAGGCCAGGCAUUACAAGACUCUGCAGGACCUGUAUAAGAAGCCAAAACCCAACCGAGAUGCUGUUUGCCAAAUUCUUGACCUUGAGUUUCAAUCAAGAAGAGCCUUCAUUGACAGCGAUGUUCUGAAAGAAGAAGAUAGGCCAACAAAGAUUCUAGAGGCAUAUCCAUGUUUCAAGGAGCUUCACAAUGUGAUGGAUGAGCUACGGCGGAUCCUGGAUAAGAACAACAACAAAUUCAUAACUGAAGUAAAGGCAAGAUGGGAGGACUUCUGCUCCAUGGUUCAGUUUUAUGGUCUUUGGAAGAAGGUGUUAAAGCCACCGAUGAACCAAAAUAGAGUGGAAUGCAACAUCGCCCUGUUUAGGGCACUCCCCACACUCUUCCCCUCACCAACUGCGCCACCCAAGAAGCUGGGACAUGCCAGUGAGGCAUUGCUUCAUGUCCUUCAGCCAACAGAAGAUCCAGCCAUCUACCUUCAGAGGAGAUCUCUCUUCAGCCCUGUUUUGCUCUUUGAUGGGUCCCACUGUAUUAUGGCAAUUGGAACCACACCCAUCACCACAUUUGCUGAAGAAGACCUCCGUCAAGGUUUGCUGUAUCUGAUGGCAUACUACUACACCUUGCAUCUCACAUAUCCAAAGUGUGUGGCAACCCUUCUGUCUGUCAUUCAGACUGAAGUGUUAAAGGACAGUAUCCAUGAGCGAGACACCACAAGCUCAUACAAAAAAGCCAUGGCAGAGUGGAAGGCUUUUAUUCAGGAGUAGAGUUGUACAGGUACACGACUUUCAUGUCUGUGUUGGAAAGUUUUAACCUAACAUAAGAGCUGUAAAAAGACAUUUAAAUUCUUCAUUUUUGUUUAUCUAAUACAAACACAUCUUCUGUUCUUCAAAUGUUCUGCUUUAUAAUGUGAGUUUCAGUAGCUUUAAAUGUUGAUUAGAGUUAAUUAACUUUACCAGUUUUUAGUUGUAAUUGAAAGUUACUAUUAGUUCAAUGACACCAUGUAUAAUGUAUAGCAUUACUUGCAUUACAACCUCAACAUUAUCAUUUCUGUGUGGGUUUGUUUUGCACGUUCAUGU